UGCUUUGCUGCCAAACCUGAUGGUGUGGCUAAAGUUAGCCCCCCACCGGGCUGGUAUAUAAGGCCCAAAGGGGUCCGUCGCUUGCAUGUCAGUCACAUCGGCUCGGCGUAGGCUUCUCGUCCUGUCCAACAACAACAACCCAACAAACUUGAGAGAUGGCACCCAAGAAAGCCAAGAGGAGACAGCAGCAGGGCGAGGGCGGUUCCUCCAACGUGUUCUCCAUGUUUGAGCAGAGCCAGAUCCAGGAAUACAAGGAGGCUUUCACAAUCAUUGACCAGAACCGAGAUGGCAUCAUCAGCAAGGAUGACCUGAGGGACGUGUUGGCCACCAUGGGCCAACUGAAUGUGAAGAAUGAGGAGCUGGACGCCAUGGUGAAAGAAGCCAGCGGUCCCAUCAACUUCACCGUCUUCCUCACCAUGUUUGGCGAGAAGCUGAAGGGCGCUGAUCCCGAGGACGUUAUCGUGAGCGCUUUCAAGGUCCUGGACCCCGAGGCCACCGGCUCCAUCAAGAAAGAAUUCCUUGAGGAGCUCCUGACAACCCAGUGUGACAGGUUCACCCCCGAGGAGAUGACCAACCUGUGGGCCGCUUUCCCCCCCGAUGUGGCUGGCAACGUGGACUACAAGAACAUCUGCUACGUCAUCACACACGGAGAGGAAAAGGAAGAGUAAACCUGGCUCUCUGCAAAACAAAACAACCCUCCACGUUAAUUCCACGCCAAAUUAUAUCAAACACGUACAUCCACCCCGUCCGCCCCGGCCUACUCAGGUCCUCUUACUUGAAACAAGUAAGCAGGUUGACCCAUUUGGUCUGUUUGUCUCAACUCUGAAUUGUCCUCUUUUUGUGGAGGAGGAACGGGAGUUUUGCACUAAAAUAGUCAGCGUCCACCCGCUUCCUUCUCUCAGAGGACAGGUCAGGUUGCAGGGGCCACAGAGAUGUUGAAAGAUGAUGAGGGGGGGGGAGGAAGGAAAGAAAGAAAAGUCACACUGGCUUGCCUCUCCUCGCCCCCCUUACUGCUGUUUCCCACCUGUUGUUGUGACUGUCUCCAUUGUAACAAAGAAAGAAGUACAAAUAAAAACCACUGUAUUUCGUA